CGACGCCAAAGGCGCCCCCGGCCUGAGCCUCGCCGCGCUGCCGCAGGAAGAUGUUACCUGUUCCAGUACCAGGAAGAAUGUUACCUUUGGUGAUGAGAAUGUUAGUGCUGCUGCUGCUGCCCCUGAGUCAGGCUGCUCCCAAGGAUGGAACCACAAGGCUGGACCCUGAAGUGCAGCAGCCCCCACCCAACCCCUUCCAGCCAGGCCAGGAGCAGCUCCGACUCCUACAGAGCUACCUAAAGGGACUGGAGAGGGUGGAAGAGGAGCCGGAGCACAUGAACCGGGAGCAGGUUCUGCUCUACCUCUUUGCCCUCCACGACUAUGACCAGAGUGGACAGCUGGAUGGCCUGGAGCUGUUGUCCAUGUUGACAGCAGCUCUAGCCCCUGGAGCUGCUGACUCUCCCACCACUAACCCAGUGAUCCUGGUAGUGGACAAGGUGCUCGAGACCCAGGACCUGAAUGGAGAUGGGCUCAUGACCCCUGCAGAGCUCAUCAACUUCCCAGGACAGGCCCCAAGGCGCUCGGAGCACAAAGAGCCCCCGGAGCCACAAGAUUCCAGGAGGCAGUCCUUGUUAGGAAGCCCGUCCCGACAAGAAGCACAGGAAGCCCUGGGUCCCAGAGAAGCUGGGGGACAGGUAGAAGCCUUGGAGCCCGUACAGGAGGCUGGAGGCAAAGCUCCAGGCCCCGGAGGGGAGGCUGAGGGCCAGGCCGAGGCUGGAGGCAAAGCUCCAGGCCCCGGAGGGGAGGCUGAGGGCCAGGCAGAGGCUGGAGGCAAAGCUCCAGGCCCUGGAGGAGGGGCUGAGGGCCAGGCAGAGGCCAGGGACACUGGAAAGGAUGCAGAAGAGCUUCCAGGGGAAACACUGGAACCUAAGAAUGCCCAAAAUGAGUUUGAGGUUCAUGCUGUUCAACUGGAGAAUGAUGAGAUAUAAACUUUGUGGCUACAGGUUUGUACCCCCAGAAGUUUCAGUGCCAGAAUGUAAGCUCCUAAGGGUGGGAGAGUAUGUUGGGAUAAGGACCACCUCUGUCUCUUUCCUGGUCCCCUUAGGUGGCAGGUCUUUCUGUGCAGCUCAUGGAGACCCUAUGCUGAGGGCAGC